GAAGUUCUUCUGCAGGGCUCCCCCAUCGCAAGCGCCAGUUUGGAGGCAAACAUCUCAUCUGAUCAUCAACAGCAGCCAGAGUCAUGGGAAACUCCAAGAGCGGCGCUGUGUCCAAGGAGAUCCUAGAGGACCUGAAGCUCCACACGAAGUUCUCGGAGACGGAGAUCACGCAGUGGUACGACAACUUCAAGAAGCAGUGCCCCACCGGCCGCCUCACCAAAGAGGAGUUCGAGGCCAUCUACAGCAAGUUCUUCCCGGAUAGCGAUGGCAACACCUACGCGCAGCACGUCUUCCGAUCCUUCGACAGCAACGACGAUGGCACCCUAGACUUCAAGGAGUACAUCAUCGCCCUGCACAUGACCUCCACCGGAAAGACCACCCGCAAGCUGGAGUGGGCUUUCUCGCUCUUCGACGUGGACAAGAACGGAUACAUCACCAAGUCCGAGGUCAAGGAAAUUUGCACGGCCAUUUUUAAACUGAUUCCCAAAGACGAGGUGAACAAACUUCCCGAGGAUGAAAACACAGCCGAUAAAAGGGCGGAAAAACUUUGGAAGUUCUUUGACAAGGCAGAAAACGAGCGCGUGGCCGAGGGCGAGUUCAUCCAGAGGGUUCUGGACAACGACGAGGCCCUCCGCUUGAUCCAGUACGAGCCACCCAAGUAGCCGAACGCAGCGGCAAUUCUCACCAGCGGUAGUGUUAAUUUGCAAUCAAUGCUUACGUCGUUUUUUUUUAAGUGCAUGUGAACGUCAUCGGUACAGCUAUGAAUCCACCCCUAUCUUAGAUUUGGGCCAAUGAAAAUCUCUGAUAUCAUGAUAUGAUCAUGGCAUAGAUGCGGCAUCAAUUUUUUUUUGUUUUAGAAGAAAGCACAACUUGAUGGUGAUGUCCGGUAGAGAAUCGAGUAACCACGGGCCCAACGGGCACACGCGUGACGACGGAAAGAAAGAGCGAGCGCGCUCUCUCUCCGCCCCUCGUCACAUGGUUUU